AUGAAUUUAACAAAAAAUUUUGCUGAGUAUAGAGAUAUUUUACACAAUAUAAAUCCUCCAUGUAUACCAUUUUUUGGUUUAUAUUUAACUGAUCUUACAUUCAUUGAAGAUGAAAAUCCUAAUUAUCUUAAGAAUUCCAAUAAAUUGAUUAAUUUUGCAAAACGUAUGAAAACAGCAGAAGUUAUAUGUAAAAUUUAA